CGACCAACCCACGCUGCUCCCGUGCGCCUGCGUACUAAGGAGAGCGAGCGAGAGAACGAGCGAGAGGGAGGCCGUUGGCGCCUUUUGUCACAGUUGUCUUCGCUUGAGGGAGGAAGCGCUUGGAGGAGCCUCGGGGCCCACGAUAUUAAUAAAGCAGCGGAAAGAAGAAAUAUGAAUAAAGCUUCCUCAAGGUCCAGCCCGUCUCGAAGAGAUCCCUUGCCCUACGGAGAGAAGGAUGCAAGGCGCGACCGUUCUCCGAACCAGGGCAGUCCACGGAGAGAUGCAAGAGAUGGCAGGAAUGGCCGUGAUUCCAGGGAUGGCAGGGACCUUCGGAUGCGAGACGCUCGUGGGCCCAGAGACCACCGGGACCCCAGGGAGUUCCGAGACCCCAGAGACCUGAGGGACCCCCGGGACCCAGUCUAUGACCGCUACAGGGAUGCGCGGGAGCCUCCCUACAGGCGGGAGGAAGGGUACGACCGCUAUACGCGUCCCGAUGACUACUACCGAAGGAAGGAGGAGCCCUACUAUGACCGUUACCGUGAGCACUUGGACAGGCCCCCCAUGAGCACUGAAGAGCGUAUGAAGCGUGAGGAGAGGCGGCGGGAAGAGCUCUACCGCCAGUUCUUUGAGGACAUCAAGAGGCGCAUUGAUGCAGAGCGGCCUGUGGAUUGUUCAGUGAUCGUGGUCAACAAGCAGACCAAGGACUACGCAGAGUCGGUGGGGCGGAAGGUCCGUGACCUGGGCAUGAUGGUGGACCUCAUCUUCCUCAACUCGGAGAUGUCUUUACAGCAAGCCCUGGACGACGUCAGCCAGGGGGGCUCGGCUUUUGCAAUUGUCAUCACCCCCCAGCACCAGGUUCACCACUCCUGCACAGUCAACAUCAUGUUUGGCACCCCGCAAGAACACCGAAACAUGCCACAGGCUGAUGCCAUGGUGCUGGUAGCAAAAAACUAUGAGCGCUACAAGGUAGAGGUGCGGGAGAAGGAGCGCGAGGAAAUCGCCAGGCAGGCUGCCAAGAUGGCCGACGAAACCAUUCUGCAGGAGAGAGAGCGCCCCCCGCCGGCCGAAGAAGGCUCCCGCAUGGGCCACCCUCCUGGCAUCCAGUCCCUCCUGAACUUGCUGGCAGACAACCGCUACUUGACCGCGGAAGAGACAGAUAAGAUCAUCAACUACCUGAGAGAGCGCAAGGAGCGGCAGCUGCGGGCCAGUGGAGAUGCCCUUCCAGCUGCGCUUCCCAGGCAGGCUGUGGGCACUCCGUCUGGGUCCUCUUUGGCCAGUAUGCCCAGCUCCCAGACCCAUCAGAGCACCCAGCCUUUGCCUCCGUCCGGCUCGGCCCCUGUGGCUUCCAACCCCCAGCAGGACCUGCAGGCCAAGAUCCUCAGCCUCUUCAACAGUGGGGCGGCUGCGGCAGCGGUAGCAGCCGUUGCCAACAACAGCGCAACUGUGGGGAGCUCUCAAAACACCGGGUUUGCUACAGGGACCAGUUCCCAGAACCGUCCCACGCAGCUCACUGGGGCCGGGUUACCCCAGUCCCAGCAGCGGGCCCCACAGCAGCAGGCCCCGCAGUUCCCAAACCACCCAGGCGCCGUUCGGAGCGCUGGCCCUAGAGCCCCAGCUCCACAGCCGUCCCAGCCAAUGUACCAGAACCGGGCCCCUGCCCCAAGCAGUGCAACUGCCGCCAGACCGGCCACUUCUUCCGGGAUCAACUUCGACAACCCAAGUGUCCAGAAGGCCCUUGACACGCUGAUCCAGAGCGGCCCGGCUCUCUCACACCUGGUCAACCAGACGGUCAGCCAGUCCCGGGCAGUUCCGCCUGCCCAGCAGUCCUUGGGCUCUUACCAGAGGCAUUACUGAUGCCCACUGCCCCUCUCCUUUUCCUCUUCUUCCUUUUCCUCUGUUUCUUCCUCCUCCUCCAUCACCACCACCACCAGGAUUGUGCAUGCCCUUUCCCUGCCCUCCCUUUGCCCGGCUGGGUCCUGGAGGGAUCUCUUUCCCUCUGUUUGGAGAAGCCUCUUCUCCACCAGUCCUUCUCUCCAGGCAAUGCUCCAUCCGCCUGAGUGCGGACUCUGGGGCGCAUGAGGGGCUCUUGCAAACCAGCCAGGAGGUCUGUGGGCCUCCUUGCUGUGGGUUGAAAUCUGUGGGCCUGGGCUGCUUCUCGGGAAAGCUACCUGCCGGCCUCUGGAAAGGUUUAGUGGUGGUUCUGUCUUGCCCUGGGCCUCUCGGCUCCUUCGGCAACGGCUGACCCUUGGUCUCACGUUGAACAAACUUAGAAAGACGUUUAUGUUAUGGGGUGUCCAUCCUGCCUUCCUUUGCAAAAGGGGUGGCCUGCUGAAAGGCUCUUUCUUGUGAGUUCAGUUGCUUAUCCUCAUUCCUCCAGCCGUAGAUGUUUUGUUCCUGAAUGGUUUUGUCAUGUAGAUAAACCUCUGUACUGUUAUAAAGAGGACAAUAAGUUUUAAAAUAAAUAUAAAUAUCCACACACAC